GCUUUCUUCUCCUCACUCAGGGGGAAAGGUCACCUGCGUCCUGGAGCCGCCUUGUCCCUCCCCGACAGCCAUGAAUUGCAGCGAGAGCCAGAGGCUGCGAACCCUCCUGAGCCGCCUGCUGCUCGAGCUGCACCACCGGGGCAAUGCCACUGGCCUGGGCACCGGCCCUGGCCCUAGCAUGGGCAUGGGGGUGGUGCCUGACCCCUUCGUGGGCCGUGAGGUGACCAACGCCAAGGGCGACGACGCCUAUCUCUACAUCCUGCUCAUCAUGAUCUUCUACGCCUGCCUGGCCGGAGGCCUCAUCCUGGCCUACACCCGCUCUCGCAAGCUCAUCGAGGCCAAGGACGAGCCGUGCCACACCUGCACCGAGCACGAGUGGGCCCCGGAACGCGACCCCGUUGAUCCGGAGAAGGCUGCCGGCUCUCCAGCUCAGGGCCGCUGCCAGCUGGCGGCAGGGGGGCUGCCCACCCUCAGCCAGGGCAGGGAGGGAGUCUAG